GCUGGCCACACUGCCUCGGCGACCUGUAAACAAACAGCCCGCUAACAACACUCAGCAGGCGUGUCCAAGGACUUUCCGAAGCAGCCAUGGCGGACAGAAGCACGCAGUUGAAGAAUUCCAUCAACCAGAAAUUGGUUGAAACUGGAGAGAAGGAACGACUGAAGGAUAUGUUGAGGGAACGACUGACAGAGUGUGGCUGGAGGGACGAACUGAAGGAACAUGCCAAGGAAAUUGUUCGGGAACGAGGCCUCCCCAAAGUAACUGUGGAUGAUUUGGUCAAAGAAAUAACACCAAAAGGGAGACAACUUGUGCCCGACACUGUGAAACGAGAACUACUGGCAGAAAUAAAGAAGUUCCUGGCUGCACAACCACAGUGAUACCUGCUUCUCUUAAAUGGAACUCAUGUUUUUUUUUGUUUUGCAUACGCACCAGUUGGUACACAAGUAAUUCUCUCAAGAAAUGAAGUGAAGAUUGAUUUCUUUGUGUAAUUCAUAAAUUUGAACCAUACCAUAUGAUUCUGCAGUCAGUGCUUUGUGGAAUAUCUUAUUCACACUGAGUAGAAAUAGCCGGCCUGAUCUUAACACCAGAUAAAUGACCUUGAAACUUUUGAGUUUUUUUUCAUUUGUAAUAUAUUUUUACUGUAGACUGUUGAUAUGAUUAUGACAGGUAUUGGAGGAAUCAUUAGUCAUAAAGAAAAUGACAGGUAUUACUGUUGUAUACAUUGGAGUAUUCAGUCUUCACUACUAUCAUUGAGCCAUGAUCAUGUUUUCUACCAAACACAAUAGACAUGUACUGCCUUUGAUACUCUGCAUAUUUUUAUUAGUAAUAAGAUUUUUUUGUAUUUCAUGGAAUGAGUACCAUUUACUAUGAAGGACCUGGAUGUGAAGAGGCAGGUCCAUCAGCUAGAGGACAGCUUUUAGCACUUAUACCUCUGUCUGACAUGUUGAGGUUGUGAAGAGCAAUAUGAUUGGGAUGGAAGGACAGAAACACUAGAAGAGGGUAGCUAGAAACUUUUGUAAUUGUCAUUUGCUGGUGUUUUUGGGUGAUAAUAUUUAGAGACAGAUUGACAUAGGUAUAGACAGAUCAUCAUCAUCUUUGCCCAUUCCUGAUCCACUGCAGGACAAAUGUCUUUCCUAUCAUUCUCCACCUCUCUCGGUCUCAUGAUAAUAUUACAUUCUCCUUUGGCGAAUGCCCUAAUUUCAUCUCUCCACCUGGCCCUCCGACCUACAGUUUCUGGGUUGUCACUUACUUUGGCUGCCCAUCUGUUAUCAAUUCAAUGCCUGAUAUAACCUGCUCAAGCUCCUUUCAUAUUCUUACUCAUCAUCAAAAUAUCUUCAACUUUGGUCUGUUCUCUGAUUCAUGAUGGGCCCUUUCUGUUUCUCCUAUUUUCUCUGUUCCUCUUUGUGCAUUUAUUAGCAUUCAUUCAUUCAUUCAUUUCAUCAACGCCUGCUCCUUGGAGCUCCCACCAGGGGAUGGCCACGGCAGCCUCUUCUCUAAAUAUUUCAUGCAGUGCCAAGUUUGUGGAGUGUAAGUUAGAACUGGUGGAUGCAAUGAUUGUAAGCCUUUCACUUCAGGGAGAAUGGCAAGUUGCUAUUCAUGACAUCACUGAAAAAAGAUGUUUACCAAAGGCUCUCCAUCCCAUUCCUAUUCUUUAGCUCCAUGCCAUUUCUAUUCUUUGAUUUUUUAUGUGUGUGUGGUCUGGGUUGGUACUCAGUGUUUGCCCUAGAUACAUAUAUUUCAUUUGUCGUUUCUCUCAAGUGUUUCAUUUCCAACCAUUAUUUGUUAUCCUGCCAACUGAGUAUUAAAUAUUAACUCUAUUUCCUUCAUCUUCGGACCCACUCCCAGACUCUGUGAAUAAGAUAGAUAGAUAGUUGGUGAGUGUAACUGGAAGGUUGGCUAGAAACUUUAUGAUAUUCAGUUGGCAUAUAAUAUGUAAGAGAGCUAUGCCUCAUUUUUAGGUAACACACUUUUUCUACAUUAUUUUGACAACAUGAAUUGAUCAUAAAAA